CUGGCAGGUAAUUUAUUUCAAGGAAAAUUUAUAUAUGGCACUUGUGAUAAGGGGCAAAAGUGAGGUUAUGUCGUUGGUCAUAGAGCGAAGAAGAGAAAAAAUUGAAACGUCAGAUUCGUGGAGUGUGCAAUUAAAAGCACUCAUUUUUGCUAUUAUAUCACUCGGGCGGUGGAGAAAUCGCACGCGAAAGUAGCUCGCGAGUGCAUUGGUGUGACACGAGUGCUGUGAAGUGUUGUCCCGUGACUCCCAAUCUCACAAAUGUCCGGAGGUGCCCCCAAUCCAUCCGCGUCCACCGCGAGUUUGGUCACGAUGACCUCGGGUGGCACCACCCUGCCCACGGUGCAGUCGCAGACUUCCCUGGCCGGGAGCCAGACAACGGGGGCCACCGUGGGAUGGCCCAAUAGCAAGGAUGACUACGAGCUGAAGGAAGUGAUUGGUGUGGGGGCCACGGCGGUCGUUCACGGGGCCUUCUGUAUUCCGCGGAAUGAGAAGUGCGCGAUAAAGCGAAUCAAUCUGGAAAAGUGGAACACUUCCAUGGAUGAGCUGCUGAAGGAGAUUCAGGCCAUGUCCAGCUGCAAUCAUGAGAAUGUCGUGACGUAUCAUACGUCAUUUGUUGUGCGGGAGGAAUUGUGGUUGGUGCUACGGCUGCUGGAGGGUGGUAGUCUCCUGGAUAUCAUUAAGCACAAGAUGAAGACGACAAAUUGCCGCCAUGGGGUGUUUGAUGAGGCCACCAUUGCCACGGUUCUCAAGGAAGUGCUAAAAGGUUUGGAAUAUUUCCACAGCAAUGGCCAAAUUCAUCGCGAUAUCAAGGCCGGGAACAUUCUCAUGGGUGACGAUGGGACAGUGCAGAUUGCGGAUUUUGGGGUGAGUGCUUGGCUAGCCACGGGGCGUGAUAUGUCGCGGCAAAAGGUGCGCCACACAUUUGUGGGCACUCCAUGCUGGAUGGCACCGGAAGUCAUGGAACAGGAUCAUGGUUAUGAUUUCAAAGCUGACAUUUGGUCAUUUGGUAUUACGGCAAUUGAAAUGGCCACGGGAACAGCUCCGUACCACAAGUACCCUCCCAUGAAGGUGCUCAUGCUAACACUGCAGAAUGAUCCCCCAACCCUUGACACCGGGGCAGAUGAGAAGGAUCAGUACAAGGCCUACGGGAAGACUUUCCGGAAGAUGAUUGUUGAGUGUCUGCAGAAGGAACCAUCGAAACGCCCAACGGCGAGUGAAUUGCUGAAGCAUCCAUUCUUCAAGAAGGCCAAGGACAGGAAGUACCUGACACAGACACUCCUGGCCAAUGGGCCAUCCAUGGAGACACGCGUCAUUAAGGCAGCCAAACGACAACCUGGCACCUCUGGGCGUCUCCAUCGCACCCUAACAGGUGAGUGGGUGUGGUCCAGUGAAGAGGAGGACAAUGGAAGUGCCAGUGGGAAACAAUUCAGUGAUUCCGAAGAUGAGGAUAGACCCAUGAAUCGCCUUGAACUCGUCGAUUCUUCGGACAGUGAACGCGAGGAGGCUUCGGAGCUGUCAGAUGCGACUGCUUCGCAACGGACAGAGGUACUCCAGGAUGAUUCUCCACCUGUUAAUCUCGUUCUUCGGAUGCGCAACACCAAUCGCGAACUCAAUGACAUUCGUUUCGAGUUUGCCGUGGGCAAGGAUUCUGCUGAGGGUAUUGCUACGGAAUUAGUGGGAGCUGGCCUUGUGGAUAGUCGGGAUAUUGUGGUGAUGGCGGCAAAUUUGCAGAAACUCAUCGAUAGUCGCCAUAAUACGAAGACAGUGACCUUCCUCCUCAAUUCCGGCUACAAUGCCGGUGAAACUCCAGACGAAAAAUCCCUCAUUGGCUACGCCCAAAUAUCCGUGACGGACUAAAUGUGGCCCACACCGCUGCUGCAUCUGCCCCCAACUCUCCCCUGAAUUCCAGCACACAACAAACACCUUAUAAAAAAUAAAUAAAUUAAAUUCAACGUAGUUGACUUCUACGGGCGAGGGACCCAGCCACGUGCCUCCCUUCCUGGCGAAGAGAACGAGGAAGUAAAAUAAAAUAAAAUGAAAGAAGAAAAGAUAGUCUGUGUCUCCCAAAUAAAGUAAUAAAACAAUUGUGUAUUUAUAA